CAUCAUGGCUACUUGGAACCGCUGCGGGAGUGAGAUGAGGGGACAUAAAAUGUACCUAAUCGUUUUGUUGGUUUGGGCGGCCUCUGUGCUGCAGGCGGUGAAAGUGUCCCCUCUGAUAGAGAGCGUCAGUGACCACAAGGAUUUCAAAAAGCUCCUCAGGACCAGGACCAACGUCCUCAUCCUCUACACAAAGUCGGCCACGUCUGGGGCCGCCCAGCUGAAGCUGCUAUCGGAGGUGGCCCAGGCUGUGAAAGGACAGGGGACCAUCGCCUGGGUCAACUGUGGGGAUUCGGAAGGACGGAAAUUAUGUAAGAAAAUGAAGGUGGACCCUGGUUCGAAAAAGGGCGGAGCUGAGAUGCUGCAUUAUAAAGAUGGCACCUUCCAUAUAGAAUAUGACCGGCCAUUGACAUUUAAGUCCAUGGUUGCAUUCUUAAAGGACCCAACAGGGGCACCUUUGUGGGAGGAGAACCCAGAGGCCAAAGAUGUCGUGCACAUCGAGAGCGAGAAGGACUUCCGGAAGCUUCUGAAGAAGGAGGAGCGUCCUGUCCUCAUGAUGUUCUACGCCCCAUGGUGUGGUGUUUGCAAGAGAAUGCAGCCUAUUUUCCAGCAAGCGGCCACAGAGAUGAAGGGUAAAUACGUUCUGGCAGGGAUGAACGUGCACCCGGCUGAAUUUGACGGACUCAAGCAGGAGUACAAUGUCAAGGGCUACCCGACCUUCUGCUACUUCGAGAAGGGGAAGUUCCUGCACCAUUAUGAGAACUAUGGAGCCACGGCCCAGGAUAUCGUCGACUGGAUGAAAAACCCCCAACCCCCCCAGCCCAAAACUCCAGAGGUGCCCUGGUCUGAGACGGACUCCGCCGUGUUCCACCUGACGGACGACACCUUCGACCGCUUCCUGGAGGAACACCCCUCCGCCCUGGUCAUGUUCUACGCCCCGUGGUGCGGCCACUGUAAGAAGAUGAAGCCGGAGUACGACGAGGCGGCGGAGAUCCUCAACAAGGACAAAGACAGCCCGGGCGUGCUGGCCGCCGUGGACGCCACCGUGCACAAGGCCGUCGGGGACCGCUUCAAAAUCUCGGGCUUCCCCACCGUGAAGUACUUCGAGAAGGGCGAGGAGAAGUACACUCUCCCCCACCUGAGGAGCAAGGACAAGAUCAUCGAGUGGCUGCAGAACCCACAGGCUCCUCCUCCCCCGGAGCAGUCGUGGGAAGAGAAGCCCUCCAGCGUCAGCCACCUGGGAGCGGAGGACUUCCGGGAGGCACUGAAGAAGAAGAAGCAUGCGCUCGUCAUGUUCUACGCCCCCUGGUGUCCCCACUGCAAGAAUGCUGUCCCCCACUUCACAGCAGCAGCGGAGCUCUUCAAAGAAGACCGUAAGAUUGCGUACGCCGCCGUGGACUGCACCAAAGGACAGAACCACGAGCUGUGUAAACAGGAGGGCGUGGAGGGCUACCCCACCUUCAACUACUACAACUACGGCAAGUUCGCCGAGAAGUACAAUGGAGAGCGAGGGGAGGCGGGAUUCACCGGCUUCAUGCGCAGCCUGAGGGGGCGUGACCAGGAGAAGGUUGGCAAGAGGAAGGAGGAGCUUUAACACGGGGGCGUGGCAGUUGUCCAGAGAGGGAGGAGCCUGCUGAUGCACUGUGACCCAGGCAGGGCCCCCUUCAGUACUGGAGCCAGAGACUUCCCAACCUCAGCUAAAGACACUCUUUUUAUACAGCAGUGCAGUUUGUAAAACCUUUUCUUAUAUCAUCUGACCACUCAAGACUUCUUUCCCCCCUUUUAAACAUUUUGAGCAGACAGAAAAUGAAAUUUUUUUUCCCCUUUUCCCCCCCAAAAAAAAUACUGUGACUGCAGUCUGAAAGCAACACCUUUUUAUCUAUGCAAUAACAGUUCCCUCCCUUUGGUUUUGACAGUUGGCGGCUUUUAGUGGCAGCGGCAUGUAAUGAAGGUGGUUUUCGUUUGUUUUUGCAUGUGCCGUCCUGAGCCGAUUCUGCUGUAUUUGAGAUGGGGGGAGGGUCACCACCCCCUGUCUGGAGUGCCCUUCCAUUUCUGUGAAGAGGAAUACAAAAUAUAUAUAUAGCUGUAUGUUCAAAUACUGAGAUAUUUUUGUAUGGAAAAAAAGAAAAACAAUUUAGGUCUUGAUAUCAACAAAAAGAACAAAGCAAACCCAUAGCUCCUGACCCCAAACUGUGGCCUUAAAUGUGUGUGGAAGCUACUUGUUCAGAGGUGUACAGUGUACAGCGUGACAGUGUCAGUGUCAGUGCUCCCAGGCCAAACACAAUCAGUGGUGAACAGUGGUGUGUCAAAACUGGUGUCUUCUUUUUCUUCCACUUUUUUUUUUUUUUUUGAAAAAAAAAUGUAAUGAAAAUGAACAAGAAAUGCCAAAAAGUAAACAAAAUGUUUUGAAAAGUUGAAUGGUGUCAUAUAAAUUCCAACACUGAGGCCAGCAAAGUAGGGAAUUCCUUGCUCUUACCCUUGUUAAAAGUUCCUUUUCAAUAGCUGUGAAGGAUUUUGGCAGUUUUUGCCAUAUGCCUCAUGUUUAAGAACACUACAGGGGCAGAAUACCUAGUGUUAAAAUGGAACUACCUUUCAAUGCAAGCUGUUACCAUAACGAUGCAUAGGCCUCCUAUUGCAGUGCAUCAUCCUGCAGACUAACAGCCUUCAACACAAAUGCAUUUCAUUCCUCUCUACACAGAUUACUGCCUGACAGCCCGGUUCACGCAGGUUAACAUAACUCAGUGACGUGCAGACACUGACUACGUUUACAUGCUCACACUAUUCCGGAUAAUGGUCCUUACCCUGGUUACGGUCAUAAUCUCAAUAAGAUGUUUACAUGAGCUAUGAUAUACGACAGACAAGAUUCCUGUAUACAUGAUAAUCAGAGUAUCCUGGAUAAGCCCUGUAAAGGACAGGCAUGAAUUUUCCCGCUAGUUAUCUUAUUUGGGAGAACAGCUGAGGAGAUGCUUGCUUUUCUGCCUUUCCAUACACACUUGUUUUGUUAGCACUUUUGCAAAAUAGCUUAUUGUGAACAAUUGUCUCUCUCUCGCUGCAAAAAUGUGAGCUUUUUUUUUUGUUUGCUGUGACAGCUAGUUAGCGAGUGAAUUAUGACCCAAGAUUCCUCGCAAAACAUUGAACAUGCACAAAAGCAAGCUUACAGGACAAAUAUUCCAAAUGAGGUGUUUACAUGGCUCAGUAUUCCAUUAAAUAGGAAUAUUCCUAUUAAAUAUUAUUUGGGUUUGUAAUAAUUGGAAUGCUGGCCUAUUCGGGUUAAAUAUAUCGAAAUAAGGUGUUUACAUGACUCAUGUGACAGUUGGAAUACUUGAAUAUUUGGGUUAACAUCGGAAUACUAACAUGCACGUAAAUGUAGUCACUGAUCAAUUUCUGUACAUGCAAAUCAACAUAUCUCCUCACACCGCUGUGUGAAAUACAUUGCAGAUACACUGAAUAUCUGUUGUCGGUCUCCCAGUAGUACUGCGGUUCAGAGUCAGGGGUGCGAACAUCGACCACACUUGUCCAGGGGGAGGCAGGGGACACUGGAGUGAUACAGUCUUGCUUUUGUUUAAAGGUGGUUUAGACUGUACUCUGAGAAUACACAGUGGAACGAAGCAGUCCCUCCCGUCUGCAGCAGUACAUUGGGGACACAGCAAACUGAAGCUUACUUACGAAACUACACAGCGCUCUCAGACGUCUGUAAUGGCGGGACCACAGUGGGCAGAAGAGUCCUGUUAGUGCGGUGUAUACUCUCUUUCAGUUCAGGUUGCACAGCGUACCAAGUACAUGAUCAAUCCUUAAGAGUCUGACAUCCUAUACAGAGGUCUGACCACUGCUAUCCUUUCAGUGUUGUGUGUGUGAGAGAGAGAGAGAGAGACCCAGAGCCAAAUUUGGGAGUCUGGUUAUCAGAGGCAUUGUCAUUAUCUCGUUGCUAACUUUGAUGCUGUGCGUUCGUAACUCCCAGUUUUAUCCGGGAUGAAUAUUUAAAGGCCUAUCUGUAGCUGCACUUGUCUUUUAUUAUUCAGGAGCUCCGUUUUGUUCAUUAUGAAUAAGGAUCUCAGGGACCGUGAAAUUUAAGG